GCGAAUGAGUAAGACGUAGAGUAAUAGUGAAAGUUCUCGUAAAAAUUGUGCGAUUUUUUUUAAAUAAUUCAUUACAUAGUGUUCGAAAGAUAUCUACGAAUAUAUCGUUAGUUGCUUAAAUUACAAUUUUGUUUUGGAAAAAAAUACGAGAAGUUUACAUAAAUAACUUUCGCUUAUAAAAUUUUAAUUACCACCGGAUUUAAUUGGUGGAAAUUACAAAUCCAAGAAAUUCAAAAUGAGUUUUAGCUGCUUGAGAAAUGUGACGAGGUGUGGUAUGGUGAAAGUGUCCUCAUCGGGCGCGCUGGUUUCGAGACUCGGGGGACCUUGUGUCGCAAGGGAGGUUCAGAUGAGCGCGCCGCACGCUGCGGUGGCCCAGCACAACACCAAGCCGGAUUGGAACCGCGCCGUCAGCGAGGCGGAGAAGAUCGUCGGAUACCCUACGUCAUUUCUCAGCCUACGAUGGGUGCUCAGUGAUGAAAUAGCGAAUGUCGCUCUCCAUCUUAGAAAAUUAGUUGGCAGCAACCAUCCACUACUGAAAACUGCGAAGAACUUGAUCUACAAUGGCAAGAACAACAUGCAGGCUUGGGGGUUGAUCGUGCUACUGGUGUCGAAGGCGGCCGGCCACAGCCCCGAGAUACCCGACAUGGAGCAGGACAAGGCUGCCGGCGUACUCCACAGCCAACGCGCUCUAGCGGAGGUGACAGAGAUGAUACGCACCUCACACCUGGUGCACAAAGGGCUGGUGAACAUGAACGCACCGCAGGUCGGUCCCGGAGACCCAGACGACAUGAUGUUCGGCAACAAGAUCGCACUGCUCGGCGGCGACUACCUGCUCGCAAACUCUUGCUCAGAACUCGCCAAUCUUAGGAAUCAAGAGUUGGUGGAGCUGAUGUCCUCUGCGGUGCGGGACCUUGCGGAGGCGGAGUUCCUGGGGGAGCGUGACGAGCAGAACAACCCGCUGCCAUCGCGACCACUACCAAAAGACCACAUGGAAGCACCAUUAGAGUGGGAGUGUGUACUGCAGCCGCUGCCGAUGGGCGGCGUGGCGGGCAGUGCGCGGCGCGAGUGGGCGGCGCGGCACGUGCUGGCGGCCGGCGCGCUGCUUGGCAAGAGCUGCUCCGCCACACUCAAGCUUGCCGGACACGCGCCCGCGCUGCAGACACAGGGUUAUCUAUUCGGUUGCCACCUAGCGCUGGCAUGGCAGGCGUUCCUGGAUCUGGAGGCGUUCUCCGGGCCGGAGCCGCGCAGCUUCUCGCUGGUUGGCGCGCCGCUCGCGUUCACGUUGCAGGCGCGACCUGAACUAUAUGAACUGAUCGAGCAGGGCCGCCGCAGUGUGCACGACGUUGACUACCACAAGCUUUACGAGGCGGUGAUGGCGGGCGACGGCAUCGAGCAGACGAAGCAGCUGCAACGCGAGCACAUCCGCGCCGCGAGCCACGUGCUCGACAGCUUCCCCAACUGUGAUGCGCGCACCGCGCUCGCCAACAUCAUCGUCGCCAUGCAUCCGUGAACCCCGACCACUUAACUUGACCCCAACCAUGAACCCUAACCUCAAAUCGAAUCUUUACCUGAAUCUCUCUCUAUUAACACUUUUGUUUAAAGAUUACUUGUAUUUUAGCACAUUGAAUGGUAUAUA